AUGCAGAAUAGACCAGAGAUGGGCAGCAGUGAGCCCCUUCCCAUCACAGAAAGUGACAAAAGAAAGAAGAAAAAGCGGAAGGCCCGGGCCACUGACUCCUUGCCAGGAAAAUUUGAAGAUGUGUACAAGCUGACCUCCGAGUUGCUGGGAGAGGGAGCCUAUGCCAAAGUUCAAGGUGCCGUGAGCCUGCAGAAUGGCAAAGAGUAUGCUGUCAAAAUAAUCGAAAAACAAGCAGGGCACAGUCGGAGUAGAGUAUUCCGAGAGGUGGAGACAUUAUAUCAGUGCCAAGGAAACAAGAACAUUUUGGAACUGAUUGAAUUCUUUGAAGAUGAUACGAGAUUUUACUUGGUCUUUGAGAAAUUGCAAGGAGGCUCCAUCCUGGCUCAUAUCCAGAAGCGGAAGCACUUCAAUGAGCGAGAAGCCAGCAGAGUGGUGCGGGAUGUUGCUGCAGCCCUUGACUUUCUGCAUACCAAAGGCAUUGCUCACAGAGAUCUGAAGCCAGAAAAUAUAUUGUGUGAGUCUCCAGAAAAGGUGUCCCCAGUGAAGAUAUGUGACUUUGACUUGGGCAGUGGGGUAAAACUGAACAACUCCUGUACCCCGAUAACCACUCCAGAACUAACCACUCCAUGUGGCUCUGCAGAAUACAUGGCCCCUGAGGUGGUAGAGGUCUUCACAGAUGAGGCCACUUUUUACGACAAACGCUGUGACCUGUGGAGCCUGGGCGUGGUCCUCUAUAUCAUGCUGAGUGGCUACCCCCCCUUCGUAGGUCACUGUGGAGCCGACUGCGGCUGGGACCGAGGAGAGGUCUGCAGAGUGUGCCAGAACAAGCUGUUUGAGAGCAUCCAGGAAGGCAAGUAUGAGUUUCCUGACAAGGACUGGGCUCAUAUCUCCAUUGAGGCCAAAGACCUCAUCUCCAAGCUCCUAGUUCGAGAUGCCAAGCAGAGACUCAGCGCUGCCCAAGUUCUUCAGCACCCAUGGGUGCAAGGGCAAGCUCCAGAAAAAGGACUCCCCACACCGCAAGUCCUCCAGAGGAAUAGCAGCACCAUGGACCUAACACUCUUCGCCGCAGAGGCCAUUGCCCUGAACCGCCAGCUGUCUCAGCACGAGGAGAAUGAGAACCAGCUGACAGAAGAGUCCAAAGCCCUAGCUGAGAACCUCUGCUCUGUGAAGCUUUCCCCUCCCUCCAAGUCACGCUUGGCCCGUCGGCGAGCCCUGACCCAGGCAGGCCGAAGUGCAGGCAGUGGACCUUGCCCACCACCCACAGCACUCUGA